UUCUCAAACUCUAGAUCUCUCUCAUAUAUAUUCUCUUAUCUCUACGACUCUCUGCGUAUACAAAUCUCUGCCAUAUAUAAUAAGCUCUGUCAUAAAAUAAUAACCAGGAGACAUGACCACUGAUCUUGGCCAUCUCCCCCAAACACAGGGGAAAACCCUCCCAGAUUCUUGGGACUACAAAGGCCGCCCCGCCGAGCGCUUCAGAUCCGGCGGAUGGACCUCCGCCGCCAUGAUUUUAGGUGUAGAGGCAUGUGAAAGAUUGACAACGUUAGGUAUCGCCGUGAACUUGGUGACUUACUUGACUGGAACCAUGCACUUGGGCAAUGCUACCUCCGCCAACACCGUCACCAACUUCCUCGGCACCUCCUUCAUGCUCUGCUUGUUCGGCGGUUUCGUCGCCGAUACCUUCCUUGGCCGCUACCUCACCAUUGCCAUCUUCGCCACCGUUCAAGCAGCCGGUGUGACAAUACUAACCAUAUCGACCCUAAUUCCGAGCCUACGACCACCAAAAUGCACGCCGGGCGCCGGCUCCUGCAUCCCCGCAACUGGCAUGCAGCUAACGGUUCUUCACAUAGCGCUGUAUUUGACCGCCCUCGGCACCGGUGGUCUGAAAUCUAGUGUCUCCGGGUUCGGGUCUGACCAGUUCGACGAGACUGAUAAGGAAGAGAGAAGCCUAAUGACCAGCUUCUUCAACUGGUUCUUCUUCUUCAUAAGCAUAGGCUCACUCCUCGCUGUGAGUGUUUUGGUAUACAUUCAAGACAACGUGGGAAGACAGUGGGGUUACGGUAUAUGCGCUUUUGCCAUAGUUUUUGGCUUGGUUGUGUUCUUGUCCGGAACUAGGCGUUACCGGUUCAAGAAGCUUGUCGGAAGCCCCUUGACUCAGAUAGCCACCGUCGUCGUCGCCGCCUGGAACAAUCGGAGGCUGGAGUUGCCGUCUGACCCGUCGUUGCUCUAUAACGUCGAUGACAUUGCAGAUGGAAACAAAAAGAAGAAGGUCAAGCUCCCUCAUUCAAAGCAAUUCAGUUGCUUGGACAAAGCAGCAAUCAACAGGCCAGAAGUAGCCCCAAACAUGUUAAACAAGUGGAAUCUUGUAACCCUAACAGAUGUGGAAGAAGUGAAAUUGUUGAUUCGAAUGCUGCCAAUUUGGGCCACCACCAUAAUGUUUUGGAGUGUGCACGCCCAAAUGGCAACUUUCUCAGUAUCCCAAGCAGAAACCAUGGACCGCCAUAUGGGCAAGUCCUUCCAAAUCCCUCCUGCUGCAAUGACAGUGUUCUUCGUUGGAGGCACUCUCUUGACUGUCCCCGUAUACGACCGACUCAUAGUCCCAAUCGCAAGAAAGGUUCUCAAAAACCCUCAAGGCCUCACCCCUCUGCAACGCAUCGGCGUUGGUCUAGUCCUCUCGGUCGUAGGCAUGGUCACAGCAGCCUUGAACGAGAUCAAGCGCCUCGACGUGGCCAGGCAGCAUGGUCUCACCGACAAUCCAAAGGCUGAGAUUCCCUUGAGCGUUUUCUGGCUGGUCCCCCAAUUCUUCAUUGUGGGAGCUGGUGAGGCCUUCACUUACAUUGGUCAACUUGACUUUUUUCUCAGGGAGUGCCCUAAAGGGAUGAAGACUAUGAGCACUGGACUGUUUUUGAGUACACUGUCACUAGGGUUUUUCUUUAGCUCUGUAUUGGUGUCUAUAGUCCAUAUGGUGACUGGUGAGAAGAAUCCUUGGCUGGCUGAUAAUCUCAACCAGGGUAAGCUCUAUGAUUUUUACUGGUUGAUUGCUAUUUUGAGUGCUUUGAACGUGGUGAUCUAUUUGGUGUGUGCCAAGUGGUACGUAUACAAGGACAAGAGGCUUGCCGAUGAGGGUAUCGAAUUGGAUGAAGUUGGUGUCGUUUUUCAUUAAUAAAUUGUUUGGUUUUGAAAAGAAAAAAAAAAGUCCAAAGUGGGAUUAAGAAAAAAGAAAAAAAAAUGUCAAAAUUAAUCAUGAUCACUUUCUUGGUGAUUAAUUGAUGAUGUCAUGUUCGUCAAUGUAACAAAGUUUUUUAUAUAUAUAUAUAUGAAGUUUGUAAUAUAGGUGAAGCCUUCUUAAUUAUAUGUAUAAAAAGAAUUGCAAAGGUAAUAAUAAAAGUUUCAAAUUUUUGGCUUGUA